GGACCUUGAUAUUAUCAUGGAUACAGAAACUGAUGAUUCAUCUCUCCAGCAUUGUCUCAUGACUUGGAUCCAACAAGAAUCUUCGAAGGGUCUUUGUCCGAUGUGUCGUCAAAGUAUGCCAUCCCCAAAUAUGGAUUCUUGGAGGAAAACUGCUACUAACUAUAACCACAGAGUUCGAAUGGAAACAAGAAGAUGAUGAAUAAGCCCAAAUACCAUGCGUCCCGGCAGCCGCGAUGGGAGAGGCGUUCAAGCUCGACAGAUACGAUACCCUUCUUUUAGCAUUAAGUCGCAAUUGUUUCUUUUUUUUUUUUUUUCUGUACAAUACAGACCGUUAUCAACAUCGCUAGCUUCGGUACAGUCACAUGACCCCUUGUUUAUCGAUAAGGGGGCAGGUGAUCAAGCUUCACCUGAGCUUAAAGUGGAAGCCGAGAGCUUACAAGUUCCCAUUGCAAUCCGCCCAACAAGGCCUUAAUGUCCCUACCCGUCGCCUUCUAAUCAUGUAGCGCGGUCUAUCAGAAAUGUCUCUUCCAAAACAUACCACAUCAUCCUCCUUAUCGUCUUCGCCCUCCAAACAAUCCAUCCGGCGGACCACGGAGUCAAACGUCCCUUCACGCCCGGAAAGCACCAUUGAUCGACCCACCACGGCUCAACAGACUCACGCCUUCUCCCAAGAACAACAAGCUUAUGAGCCAAUAACAAACGUAACAUCGCCACACUCGGAAAAUGACGGCCCGCAUGAGAUAUCUGCUUCACAUCCGCCCCUUCAACCGUUCUUCACCCUGAUUGAAGACGCCAGUACCUCCGAAUACUACCACCCAACUGUUCACUAUAUCUUCUCCGAUGAUGACACAGAUAUCGUGACCGAGGCAGCCUUGCGCUCCUUGGAACCUGAACAAAAUACGCAUCCUCGCGGCGACAAGGGAAACUCCAGGACUACACGUGACCAACACCCGCAGGGUGAAGGAGGAGUGGAUGAUGAGCUGUCGAAUGAGAGAAAGGAAUCAUUACUUCCGCCUCCGAUACCUGGUGUUCGGGAUAACUACAUCAUUCUCGAUAUGGACGUGCUUGGUCCAGAUGAUAUGCAACACAUGAAUAGCGCCCCCGGGCACGACGUAAGUGUCGGCUCUCCUGGGACCCAAUCCUCCGUCCCUCAACAACAGCAGGAUUCCCAGAACAACAACCAACAUGGUCAAAAAUUUGCGGUGACUUCAGCCUACAGCUUGACACCAACAUGGCAAGUUCUAAACACCCAGCUAGUGCCCGCCCCGACCUUUGAGAACAACCCUUCCGGCGAGCACUCACCGAACGGUGCCCUGAUGUUGAAAAUUCAAGGGACAGUCGGCUUACCUAUGACUCUACCUGGUAAGGAUAAAGAGAAAGACAAUAGCACCCAGCGAUUGGAGGAUAUGAUGGAGCAAUUUUCAAAACGUUUGGGCGAGCUCCGACAAGUCAUUAAAGCUGGAGAACAAGCGCACUUGCUGGGAAAUGCAGAUGAGGAACACAUACCAACCGGGCUGCCAAACACGGAGGAUACUGCUGUGACAAGCCCCGAGGGUCAGAAUGAAGCCUUAACGCAGAACGGGGAUGAUAUGGUCGGCAAAAGCCCAUAACCUGAGUCGAUAUACUCAUUGGCGCAAACUGAACCUUAGCCCUUGGCGAGCCGUGCUUCUCAUCUAAAGUGUACAACCUAGCCUGCUACACUCCAGGAUUUGAUCAGUGGGCGAAUUGAAAGCAAAUUACUUCCA